GCUAUAAAAACGAAGCCAGUAUAGUGCAUUCCACGUUUUCAUCCUCCGCACUGGCGCAGCCACGACUUGGACGGACGAAAUUGUAGAAGUUCGCUGCUUCUUCCAAUAGAAACAUGAGCGACGAAGAGAUCGUGAUCACCGGCUUGUCGGCCUACUUCCCCCAAGCGGAUCAUCUGGCUGAGUUCAAGCACAAGCUAUACGCGGGAGUCGAUAUGGUCACCGUGGAUAACACGCGCUGGCCUGCAGGUCACUGGGGCCUCCCGGAGCGGCACGGCACAAUCCGCGACCUGUCCCACUUCGACGCGCAGUUCUUCAAUACGCACCCGAAGCAGGCUGAGUUAUUCGAUCCUCAGAUCCGACUCCUGUUGGAGACGUCGUACGAGGCCAUCGUGGAUGCGGGCUACGAUCCCGACAGCCUCCGUGGUCGCAAGAUCGGCGUGUUCAUCGGUGUUUCAGCGUGCGAGACGGGCGACGCCUUGAGGGCGAAAUCAGUAGCACUCAAGGCAGACGAGACGGACGCCUACGGACUGCUCGCGUGCUGCCACUCAAUGUUUGCCAACCGAGUAUCGUACGGCCUGGACUUCCACGGCCCGAGCGUCGCUGUCGACACCGCCUGCUCUUCCACGAUGACGGCCCUGAACGAGGCGCUUCUGGCGCUCCGCUCGGGCCGUUGCGAAGCGGCCAUUGUGGGAGGAAGCAACCUCACCCUGGAUCCCACGGUCUCUAUGGGUUUCCACCUGCUCGGUUUGCUCUCUCCGGAGGGAAAGUGCAAGGCAUUCGACGCUGACGGUGAUGGCUACGUCCGCAGCGAGACCGUGGGCGCGUUCUUCCUCCAGCGGGCGUCCGAUGCCCGCCGGGUGUAUGCCAAGGUCAUCGAUGUCAAAGUCAAUGCGGACGGAUACAAAGAUGAAGGAGUCACUUAUCCCUCGAGCAAGGUGCAGGAAGAGCUGCUGCUUGACACCUACAGGGAGACCAAUGUCGAUCCACUCAAAGUGUCGUACAUAGAGGCUCACGGCACUGGAACCAAGGUGGGCGAUGUUGAGGAGAUGGGUGCCAUCAGCGCAGUGUUCUGCAGGCCGGGACGCGAGAGGCCUUUGCUGAUUGGCUCCGUCAAGAGCAACAUGGGACACGCUGAAAGUGCAUCUGGUGUGGCCGCGGUGGCAAAGGUUAUCCUGGCAAUGGAGACAGGCAUGGUCGCAGCCAACCUGCACUUCAAGAAUCCCCACCCCAGGAUACCGUCCCUUCACGACGGCAGCAUCCGUGUCGUCGACGAGCACAUGCCUUUGCCGGAUGGUCCCGUAGCCAUCAAUUCGUUCGGCAUUGGAGGGGCCAACGUUCAUGCGAUCCUGGAGGCCGGAACUAAGCCGCACGUGGACAGCUUUCCCCGUGAGAAACCUGAGCUUCCGAGGCUUGUUCUCUUCGCUGGAAGGACUGAGCAGUCCCUGACGGCAACGCUCAACCGGAUGGAAGCCGAUGGACCAUACCCGGAUUCCGCGUACGCUCUCCUAAAUCGGGUCGGGCAGCCAAGUGUCAAGAAGCACCCCUACCGUGGUUUCGCAAUUGUUCCGGUGGACCAGUCGAAGGAGGUCGUCAAGGUGGUCCAGGAGGUUCCCUUUGAGAAGCGACCCCUGUGGUUCGUCUUCACCGGCAUGGGCUGCCAGUGGAACGGCAUGGCGCGGCAGAUGAUGCACUUCGACGUGUUCGCUCGCUCCAUGCGCAAAUCCCACGAGGUGCUCGAGCCGUUAGGCUUCCACCUGAUUGACAUUGUGACCGGGGAAGGCUCUUCCAACCAGACAGUCACUUCGACGCUGGUGUCCAUAGCCGCGAUUCAGGUGGCGCUCGUCGACACGCUGAAAGCUGUGGGCGUGCGUCCCGACGGCAUCGUGGGACAUUCGACGGGAGAGAUCGCCAGCGCCUACGCCGACGGCUGCCUUACCGCGGAGCAGGCCGUGUUGUGCGCUUACUGGCGAGGCCGCUGCAUCGAGCUGGGAAACCUGCCCAAAGGAUCCAUGGCCGCUGUCGGACUUACCUGGGAAGAAGCUGCGAAGCGGUGUCCCGACAACGUCUACCCUGCGUGCCACAAUGCCGAAGACUCCGUAACCAUAUCUGGCCUCGCCGAAGCAGUGGCCCAGGUGGUUGCCGAAUUGACGUCCGAAAACGUCUUUGCCCGCGAAGUGGACAGCGUCGGCGUCGCCUUCCACUGCAAGCUCCUGGAGAGCGUUGGACCUGCGCUUCGCAGUGCCCUCACCAAGGUGGUCCCGGAACCUAAGCGACGGAGCAAGCGCUGGAUCAGCUCGUCGGUGCCAGAGAGUCGCUGGAACGAGCCCCUGGCACAGUUCUGCUCGGCGGAAUACCAGACCAACAACUUGCUGUCGCCCGUGCUCUUCUGCGAGGCUCUCCAGCACGUGCCCAAGAACGCCGUCCUGGUCGAGAUUGCGCCGCACUGCCUCCUGCAGUCCAUCCUACGGCGGGCUGUCGGCUCUGGCGCCAGCUGCUUGGGCCUCAUGAAGCGCGACGCGGACAACCUCCAGCAUCUCCUGGGCUCACUCGGCAAACUUCACACCUUGGGUGUCCAGCUGGAUCUGUCUCCGCUCUACCCGCCGGUUCCUUGGCCCGUGCCACGAGGCACUCCCAGCAUAGCCCACCUCGUCAGUUGGGACCACUCGCAUCCAUGGAUCGUGGUCGACUGGGGGGACUUCCCUACAUCGUCAAAGGCGAGAGCGCUGAUGGCCGAGGAAUUCGUGGAAAUCGACCUGGAGGCCAACGAGACCGACAAGUACUUAACUGGACACCAGCCAGAUGGUCGCGUACUCUUUCCUGCGACGGGCUACUUGAUGUUAGUGUGGAAGUCACUGGCCAAGCGCUGCGGAAAGCCGCUGGACCAGGUUCCAGUGGUUUUCGAGGACGUUUCUCUCCAUAGGGCCACCAUACUGCCGAAAAGCGGAAGCGUGCGCUUCCUGGUGAAUGUCAUGCCACAAACGGGCGAGUUCGAAGUCGGUGAAUCCGGAUCUGUGGUGGCGACCGGUCGCGUCCGCGCGGCCGAAGAAGACGAGAAGGUGCUUGACCGGGACCCGCCGAGCGUGCCAGCUGAGAGCGUCGCCUACGAUCUGGACGCUGCGGACGUCUACAAGGAACUAAGACUCCGUGGUUACGUGUAUCACGGAGCCUUCCAGGGCAUUCUCAAGGCAGACACGCAAAAGCCCUACGGGAAGCUGAGGUGGGAGGAUAACUGGGUCACUUUCGUCGACACCAUGCUUCAGCUGUGCAUCCUUGCCACACCAAAGCGUACCUUCCAGCUGCCCGUGAGAAUGCAGUCGUGUGCCAUAGACCCAAAUGUUCACGCACAGGUCGUCGCAUCGGCGACCGACGAAGGCCUGGACGUCGCCUAUGACAUCCACCAAAACACAUGCCGGGCCGGAGGCGUAGUGGUGAAAGGUCUCACGGCUAAUAUAGCUCAGCGGCGUGCCGUGCAGCAGACGCCGCUUCUAGAGGAAUACCGCUUCGUGCCAUACAAGGACGACGAUGUCGCGAAGGAAGAGCGGUAUUGCUCCUUGCGGGAGUACGUCGAUGUGUGCUGCGACAUUGUCCAACGGAAGCUGAAAUCACAAGGCGAGAACAAGCCAGAAAUGCACGACACCAAGAGCGGCUAUCAGUAUCUGUCAGAAAAGGUGUGCAACCGGUACCUUGAGGACGUCGAUAACAACCACGGCCUUCUGAAAGUCCUCCUCGCCAUCUGUAAAGAAGCUAAUGAGUCCGCUUCCCUGACGUCUCGCGUCCGGUCAUCGCUGGAAGGUCAGAGGCAAAGCUUGGAGAAAGACAUUCUGAACACGGCGCUGUUCAGAGAAGACCCUUUGAGAAUCCUCCUGGACAUCGUUCUGGAGAAUACGAGCUCUAAAAGGGUUCGAGUUCUGGAGCUAGCUGCCGGAAAUAAUCCGUCACUCGUCGCACCUUGGGCACUCCAAUGGCUUUCUCUACAGGACUUCCAACUUAAGGUCGAGUACACCGUGGCCCACCCUUCACCGGAAAUCCUGACACCCGAGCAGAUGCCGAAUGGUGUCAGCACAGUAGCAUGGGACACAUCAUCCGCAUCAAAAGGGGCCCUCCACGAAGCGGACUUAACGAUCAUGGCUCGAGGUGCAGUCGACGCGUGCGACGAUACAAAUGCCCUGGCCAAGCAGUUGUCAUCGCAGUGUAGGGAACUCGGUUUCGUUCUGUUGUCACAGAGGACGACAAUCACCCCCGCCGAGAUGUUCCUCUCGUCAGCGGACGGCACUGUUUUCCGCGCGCACUCUGAUGACGAGGUUGUCUCUGUCUUCAAAGAACACGGCUUGCAGCUGGUGGGCCUCAAAUCGAACAAGUUGUCUUCGUUGCUCCUCUUUCGAAAGCGUUUAGCGGCCGCAGACGUCAGCAAACAGGAUGUGGUCAGGGUGAAGAACAGUGGAUUCAGGUGGAUCGAGACGCUUAAGGCAAAAACUACGGAGUACGAGGCCAAGCCAGCCGGAGAGAACGUCUGGAUUCUCGCCGAGGACGCCGCCAUCAGCGGCAUCGUUGGAUUCAUCAACUGCCUCCGGAAUGAAACUGGUGGACGCCACGUAAGGUGCGUGUUCGAUGCUACCCCGAAUGGUUCAAACGAGGUCUUCGACUUCAGCCUCAGUAAUCCGAAGUACGCGGACGUUCUUGAACGAGACCUGGUGAUGAAUGUGUACCGCAAUGGACAGUGGGGAUCGUACAGGCACCUGUCCCUGACUUCCGGUGACCCAAAGAGGACAACCGCGAAGUUCGCCUUCCUUAGUAUCCAGACACGCGGCGACCUGUCUACGUUGCAGUGGUACGAAUCUCCGUUGGGGUACAUUUCCCCCUCCAGCGGGACAGCUGAAGAUGGAAUGCUCUGUGAUGUAUAUUACGCGCCACUCAACUUCCGUGACGUCUUGCUGGCCACGGGAAAGAUUACACCGGAGCCUAUGCCAGGCAAGUGGGCCGUUACCGACUGGGUGAUGGGCCUGGAGUUCUCAGGGCGAGACAGCCGGGGUCGCCGUGUGAUGGGCAUGGUGCCAAGCCAGGCCAUGGCCACCGUGACCAUUGCGGACCCGUCCUUCGUGUGGGAGGUCCCCGAAAAGUGGAGCCUUGAGGAAGCCUGCACCAUACCGGUGGCCUACUCCACCGCCUACUACGCGAUGCUGGUGCGAGGCAACAUGCGUCCUGGCGAGUCCAUACUGAUCCACGUCGGCAGCGGAGGUGUAGGACAGGCAGCCAUCGCUAUCGCUCUCUCGAUGGGAUGCACCGUCUUCACCACCGUCGGUUCUGCGGAGAAGCGCGAGUUUCUCAAGCGCCGUUUCCCGCAGCUCGAAGAUCGACACUUCGCCAGCUCGCGUGACCUCUCGUUCGAGGAGCACAUACUGGGCGAGACCAAGGGCAGGGGCGUUGACCUUGUCCUCAACUCGCUGGCCGAAGAGAAGCUCCAGGCGAGCGUGCGUUGCCUGGCAGACCGCGGCCGCUUUCUGGAGAUCGGGUUGUUCGACCUGUCCAAGAACUCGCCCUUGGGCAUGUCCGUGUUCAUCCGGAAUGUCGCUUUCCACGGCAUCAUGAUGAACAGGCUCAUGGGCAACGAGCACUACUUAGCCGCUGACAAGCGCCGGGUCGUCGAACUGGUUCGCGACGGCAUCGCUUCCGGAGUCGUUCGGCCGCUGGACACCACGCUGUUCACGCGCGACAAGGCCGAGGAAGCGUUCCGGUUCAUGGCUUCUGGGAAACACAUUGGAAAAGUUGUGAUACAGAUCCGACCGGAGGAGAGCCACCGCCACGCCGCGCCAGCGUCACCGCUCGCUGUGGAGGCCAUCCCGCGCGCCUGCUUCUACGAGCACAAGUCGUACGUGAUCGCCGGUGGCCUGGGUGGCUUCGGCCUGGAGCUCGCCGACUGGAUGGUGACUCGCGGAUGCCGCAAGCUCCUGCUCACCUCCCGCUCAGGGCUGAGGACCGGAUACCAGAAGCUGUGCCUGCACCGAUGGCGUGCCGUCGGCGCCGAGGUGCUCGUGAGAAACGCCGAUGUCGCGACCGACGAAGGAGCUCGAGCCGUGAUCGAGGAAGCCGCGUCCAUGGGACCCGUCGGCGGGAUCUUCAACCUCGCGAUGGUGCUUCGCGACGCUCUCAUCGAAAACCAAACUGUCGAGGCGUACGAAGCCGUGUGCAAGCCGAAGGUGACCGGCACGCAGCUCCUUGACCAGGCAUCGCGACAGCUGUGCCCGCAGCUCGACCACUUCGUCGUCUUCUCGUCCGUGGCUUGCGGACGCGGCAACGUCGGUCAGACGAACUACGGCUACGCCAACUCCGUCAUGGAGCGAAUCUGCGAGCGCCGCGUCGCAGACGGACUUCCCGGGUUGGCCAUUCAGUGGGGCAGUGUUGGCGACGUCGGAGCAUUCAGCGAGAUCCUGGGCGACGACGUGGUUCUCAGUGGCGCCGUGCCGCAGGACAUCAGGUCUUGCAUGGCGGUGAUGGACCAGUUCCUGGGCCAGAGACACCCGGUAGUCUCCAGCUUGGUGAGGGCCGACCAGCCCCGCAAAUCGGACGGCGGGGAAGCGCAGGACCUCUUGCUUUCUGUCGCUCGCAUACUCGGCAUCAAGGAUACGUCGAGCCUGAACCCGAACAUCAGCCUCGGCGAGCUCGGUAUCGACUCCCUGAUGAGCGUCGAGGUGAAGCAGACCUUGGAGCGGGACUACGACCUCACGCUGUCAAUGCAAGAGAUUCGGCAACUCACCAUUGCCCGCAUUCGGGAUAUUAGUGAAGGCAGCAAAGGCGAAUCAUCCGCGUGUGAAUCAGCUGGUGCGGCAGAAUGAAGAUUUAGUGAGCAGCACUACUGCCGCACUUCGUCCGUACCCUAAAUUAACAAAUGGGAUCGGGUGAUGCCUUCUUGCUGAAACAAAAACGUGCACCGACACAGGAAACUAUGUAUUCUUUUCACUCUUUCUGGUGUAUUCAAUGUGGGAGCGGCCCACAGUCUUGCCCCUAUAAAAACGGGGUGAAGAUUCUUCCGGACCUCAAUAAAUUUUACUACCUACCUAC